ACCUGUGCCUGUGUGUGGGCGUUGUGUGGACUCUAGAACACCUACCACUGAAUUCGCUGCAAGCAAACCAAGAAGAAAGCAGUGCGCCGCUUCCUCGAAUGCUCUAAUCGUCGUCGUCGUCGCACAAUUAACUGCAGUUUGAGUCGAACGGUGCAUCUUGAAGGGUUGCUCCUUCGGACAAAGUAGGCGCCGCCAACAGAGUGAUUUCAACGUUGAACAAUCAAAUCAUAUUGUACGAACUAAAUCCAGUGAUUCCACAUAGCAUAGACAAAUUUCGAUUUACAAUUUAGAUAAGUAAAAAAGUCGUUGUUAAGCAGAUUUCCCUCCUAGCAAGAAUAGAUCGAGCUCAGUUCCCCUUAGUAGAUUCUUUCCGUCCCUUCGUCAUAAAGUUUGGAAAUCGGAGCAAGCCGCGUUUUGUAAAUUAGUUUCAUCCGCGGACUUAAUCCUCCUUAGAUCGAAACGGCCUGAGGAAAAGUAAUUUAGAUUACGUAAAUAAGCUACCCUCGAGAGAAAGCUAAGCUCACUUCAUUUCUAGAACGGUUGUGAUUGUUGGCUAUCGCUGUCAUUCUUGUUCAAUUCGAGAAAAAAAACGGAAAGCUCAUUCAUCUUUACGGUUAGUGUAAGUCAACGUAGAAUAUUUCCCUUGUUUUUUUUUUUCGAGUGAAGUUUGUAAAAGAAAAAAAACGCAACUUUGUGAACCCAAGUGCGAGUGUAAAAGUGUGCUUGAAUUUAAUUUAGAGGCCGACAAGGCGAAUCAGAAAAAAGUAAAAAAAAAAUCUUUGUAAAAGUGAACCAUAAAUUCAAAACAGUGGAAAGAAAUCAAGUGACAGUGCUUUUCCUUUCCUUUCUUGGGGUGAUAUGUUUUUUUUUUGCUGUGAAUGAACAAGUGCUACUUCCAACGAACCAAAUAGGUCCUCGGGGUUCCACGCAAAAAGGACCACGUCUUCUCUGUCUCAUUUUCACAUAAACAUUUCGCCACGACCCUCGACGGCAGGCAAAAGGGCAACGGCAGUUAAAACAGUUACCGAAAGGACGACGAAGGAAGUUCGUUUCAUGUUUUUCCUUCUGGCUUGAGUCACGCUCUUUUCCGGCACACUUGCUGCUGUUGAGACCCAUUUCCGUUACGUAGCACUCGCCCGCCUGUAGCACCCGGAAGACUGUCUAAUCUGGUGAAAUAUUGUUGCUUCCUCUCGGCUCGCAGCAAAUUUCUGCUACAUCGUACUGUACGCGAGUGAAUGAAUCCUGCCCGUCUCUGGACCCACCGAACUCCAAAUCCAAGCGAAAAAACGAAAAUAGUGAAACAAGCAAUCCCAGCGAACCAGUGUGAAAAGUGUUAAACUGAAUCUUUUUCUCACCGCUCUAACUGUAAACACGUAAUAACUCUGCACCGGCAUCCAGCCCUACCCCCUACCGAACGUGUAAUAAUAGAACUAAACAGAACAACAGAAAAAUUUGAAAAGGCAAGAAAAACUAUCACACUUCGAAAACGAACGAGCAUCCUCCCACUAUCGUUUCGAAAUCGAGAAGAACACAAAGCUGUGUGCGACAAGUGUGAAGCACGUGCCGUUGUCGGUGGCGAAGAGAACGGCUCCGACUCCGAUUUUCGGUGGCUCUGCUGCUCAUCGCAGUAAACGUUGCUCUGAAAAGCUGAGCGAAGAAAAAACACUCCUAAGAAAAGUGGCCGCAAAAGAAGACAACCCUUGAAGCACAUCAGAGAAAAGGUGCCACUGUAUUGCUGAAUCGAUCGUUUCCACAGUCCUGGAUGUUGUCCCCGUCUCCCGCCCCUACCGCGGCAAUUCAAGUGAUGAUGAGUAAUCGAAACUUGCUGCAGUGGAUAAGCUGUACGAGCGACUGAAACGUGACAUUUGGGGACGGAUUGCGGGUAGAAGGGACGACGACACAGGUUGAAAUACACUGUUAGCAACACCAACUCCGGCACACAGGGGACGGAUUAAACGUACGAUGAGCUAUCAGCAAGGAAAAAGUCGGCUUUAUCCAAGAUACUCGUUAAACUCGUCGGACAACGAGGACACUCCGAUCCAUCGAUCGAUUUACGCACAGCCCUACAAUUCACAAUUGCAAUCUCAGCAACAGCAGCAGCAGCAGCAGCAACAACUACUACAAUUAUCACAGCAGCAAAUACAAACGAAUCUUCCGAUAGUGCUGGGUGGAGGAUCACAGAGCAAUAGCAGCUACAGUUACCGUUCGGGGAAAAGUUCCGGUAUCGGUAGUGGCAGUGGGCUUCAUCAGCAAAUUACGACACCAUCGUCCGAUAAUGGUUCAAGUGCAACACUGACGGACGCGGAAGCGGCAUUGGCGAGGGAAAACACGCUGCUAGAUAAUAACGGUAGGUGCAAAGUAUCCACAUCCCAUCUAUUUAGGGAACAGCGAGGGUAA